AAAACCCUAUCUAUGAGAAAACCCUUUCUCUCUCCCCUUUUCAAAUCUAAAUUUCUGUAUUUUGUAAGAGCUAACCUUUCUCCUUUGCAGACUCUCUUCGAACCCUAACCCUAAACCUCAAAUUUCUUGCUCUUCUAGUUAAUUUCUCAGGAAAAAAUGGGAGAAACGAGGGACAACGAUGCAUACGAGGAAGAGCUUCUCGACUACGAGGAAGAAGAAGAGAAAGCCCCUGACUCCGUUACUGCUAAAGUCAACGGCGAGGCUGGCAAGAAGGGCUAUGUUGGGAUUCACAGUUCAGGAUUCAGAGACUUCCUUUUGAAGCCAGAGCUUCUUCGGGCCAUUGUUGACUCUGGAUUUGAGCACCCUUCGGAAGUGCAACAUGAAUGCAUUCCCCAAGCUAUAUUGGGUAUGGAUGUCAUUUGCCAAGCUAAAUCAGGGAUGGGGAAGACUGCAGUUUUUGUUCUGUCAUCAUUACAACAGAUUGAACCAAGUCCAGGACAAGUUAUUGCACUUGUUUUAUGCCAUACUAGGGAGUUAGCUUAUCAGAUUUGUCACGAGUACGAGAGGUUCAGCACUUACCUACCUGAUAUUAAGGUUGUUGUCUUCUACGGUGGGGUCAACAUUAAAGUACACAAAGAUCUGCUGAAAAACGAAUGCCCCCACAUUGUUGUUGGGACACCUGGAAGGAUAUUAGCCCUGACAAGAGACAAGGACCUUUCUUUGAAGAAUGUGAGGCAUUUCAUUCUUGACGAAUGUGACAAGAUGCUUGAAUCACUUGACAUGAGGAGAGAUGUGCAGGAGAUAUUCAAGAUGACCCCUCAUGAUAAGCAAGUCAUGAUGUUUUCUGCCACACUCAGCAAAGAAAUUCGCCCAGUUUGCAAGAAAUUUAUGCAAGAUCCAAUGGAAAUUUAUGUGGACGAUGAGGCCAAGUUGACCCUUCAUGGUCUUGUGCAGCACUACAUCAAACUUAGUGAGCUGGAGAAAAACCGCAAGUUGAAUGACCUACUUGAUGCAUUGGACUUCAACCAAGUUGUUAUCUUUGUAAAAAGUGUGAACCGAGCCGCUGAGUUGAACAAAUUACUUGUAGAGUGUAAUUUUCCUUCUAUCUGCAUCCACUCCGGCAUGUCCCAGGAAGAAAGGUUGACUCGGUACAAGAGUUUCAAGGAGGGGCAUAAAAGAAUUCUAGUGGCCACAGAUUUGGUUGGAAGGGGAAUUGACAUUGAACGUGUUAACAUUGUCAUCAACUAUGACAUGCCUGAAUCUGCUGAUACCUACCUGCACAGGGUUGGUAGGGCUGGUAGGUUUGGUACCAAGGGUCUUGCAAUUACAUUUGUUUCAUCUGCUUCAGAUUCUGAUGUGCUCAAUCAGGUCCAGGAGAGGUUUGAGGUGGAUAUAAAGGAACUUCCUGAGCAGAUUGAUACAUCCACUUACAUGCCAUCAUAAUGAAGUUGCUUACAGUCUGUGAUAUCGGAGAUGGGCCAGAACCAUGAUUCAAAUUUGUGCAGUUGCUGGAGGCCGUGUGAUUUUGGACUGGUGCUUAAAGAGUGUUGUAGCCUUUCUAAGAACUCACUUGGGAGUUUAUGUCAAAUCAAUUUGUAGGGAUGAACAUCCUUUUUGAUGACAUUUUUUGCUGCUAUUUCUAGAGAGUUGCAUGUCAUAAGAGAGAUGAUUUGUUCUUAAUCUGCUUUCUUGGUUUUUACUGCCAUUUAAAACUUAUAGGGGUUUAAUAUCAAUUGUGGUUUUUCUUGCCA